UUCGAAUUUUGAUGCAAUUGUUGAAAUUAUUAUCUAGGUUUUGAGCCUCUAUCCCUUUUCUAAAUAUUCCCUCCAGUAUUAUUACCUUGUCACAUAACUUGAUAGAUUUAGAACAUCAACUGCUGUAAACAUUGAUCACCACAUGUGGCGAUGGCAAGCAUUACCAAAAAAUGCUGUGUUGGGCUGCACCAACUCUCUGAUGCUGCAGUCAGCAGGGGCAGAUGUCCUGAGCAGAGCCUCACUGGAGUGUCUCCUGGUACUGUCGAAGUCAAGUCUGAAGCCAUAGAAAUGGUUGCUCCUGCAAUCAAUAUAAAAGAGGAGCCUGGAGAUGAGGCUGAGGACGUAACUGUGAAGGAGGAACCAUUCCUGUAUGGAGAUGAGGCUUGUUCAGCUGAGCAUCUCAGCCCCCCACCUGCACCCUCAUCUUGUGUGCCAUGCAAGACGGAAGCUCUGGUUGAGGCUCCCAAUGCCCACCAAAUCUCACCACCACACACUUCUACCCUGUUUAUGAAUCAGGUUCCCGACAUCAGGUUACCGCCGUCGGCCAACUAG